AUGGGCAAACGGAAGGCCGCUGCCAAGCCACAGAAGAAGAUCAAGCAAAAGCUUGACACGACUUUCCGCUGUUUGUUUUGCAAUCAUGAAAAGUCCGUCAUCUGCACUUUGGACAAGAAAAACGGUGUAGGUGACUUGUCUUGCAAGAUCUGCGGGCAGAGUUUUCAAACCGCCAUCAAUUCUUUGUCACAGCCAGUUGAUAUCUACUCAGAUUGGAUUGAUGCCUGUGAGGAUUUGGCCGAAGAAGCCGAAGCCAGAGGUGCAGACUUGGACAAUGAUGAGGACGCAUACAGUGAUGAUGACGACGCUCCAUCAAGAUCAACCCGGGACCCCGUUCUUUCUGACAACGAUUUUUGA